UAAUAAAGUAAUACUGCACUGCAAUGCAUUUUUUAAUUAUUAAUUCAUGAAUCAUUCCCUUCUUUUUAACUUUCCAAGUAAAGAAUUUAUUCCCGGCUGUCGUCCACAUUUCAGGCUUCAUCUCCUCAAUUUGAUCGACAACAAUCGCCAUUAGGGUUUUUGAAAUCGAUUUCAUUUUUAUAUUCUUGUGAUUGAUUACUUGUUGCUCUUCUUUUCUUACUGAACAGAUACGCCCGAAGGAGGGAUUUCAGAAUUCGAUUUCUUUUUAAGCUGUCAAGAGGAAUCCAAAAAAUUGUUUAGGGCAAAACCAAGGAGAAGUGAUAUAAGGUCUCAGGUUGGCUGAUAAUUGAACAGAGCAAAAGAAAGUGAGCACGUUAAUGGACAGUGCAAAAGCUAAGCAGCAAAGAAGGUGGACCAUGUCUCCUUCUUUGAUGCCCAGGACUCUGUGGUCCACAAGAAGCCCCACCAAAGAUGCACAAUCGAACGUGCAAGUUGUUCUUCGAUGCAGGCCUCUGACUGAAGUUGAAGUCGGGGCAGGAACUCCUGUAAUAAUUUCUUGUGAUGAUAAAAAACAAGAAGUGACCUUAACUCACACCACAGCUCACAAGCAGACGAAUCGGAUUUUUGCGUUCGACAAGGUUUUCAGCCCGGAAACACAGCAGAAAGAGCUAUACGACGAUGUUGUGGCUCCCAUUGUUAAUGAGAUUCUCGAAGGAUACAGUUGGACCGUCUUUGCUUAUGGCCAGACGGGAACCGGCAAAACUUACACAAUGGAAGGUGAAGGACGAAAAGACAAGAGCGGGCAAUUCAAUGAAAAUGCCGGAGUUAUUCCGAGAGCUGUCCAGCAGAUUUUCGACAUUUUGGAAGGCGAGCAUGCUGAUUAUAGUGUUAAAGUGACAUACUUGGAGCUUUAUAAUGAAGAGGUAACGGAUCUUUUGGUCCCGGAUGAGGAAUCGAGGGGGCAAUUAGUGUUAAUGGAAGACGGAAAAGGUUCCGUUUUUGUUAGAGGUUUAGAGGAGGAGAUUGUAUUCAGUGCAGAUGAAAUCUAUGAAAUACUGGAGAAGGGAGCAACUAGAAAACGCACAGCAACCAUUUUUCACAAUCGAAGCAACCGGGCUCACUCGAUUCUAUCAAUCACGGUGCAAAUUAAGGAGUUGAGUGCUGUGGGUUCGGAGCUAAUCAAGUGGGGGAAGUUGAAUCUUGUCGAUCUUGCUGGAUCAGAGAACAUACUUCGAUGGGGCGGAAGAGAGGCGAUAAAUGUAAUAGCGAGGGAAGCUGGUGAGAUCAACAAGAGCUUGCUUACACUUAGCCGUGUUAUCAAUGCGUUGGCUGAGAAUUCUGCACAUGUUCCCUACAGGGAUAGCAAAUUAACAAGAUUGUUGAGGGAUUCGUUGGGUGGUACGGCAAAAGCGUGCAUUAUUGCAACAGCUUCGCAAUCGAUUCUCUCUCAGGAAGAGACACUCUGCACUCUUGAUAUUGCGUCUCGUGCCAGAAAUAUUAAGAAUAGACCGGAGAUGAACCGAAAAGUGAUGAAGUCGACAGUGCUAAAGGAUCUGUAUACUCAAAUAGACAUUCUGAAACGAGAACUGCGCGUGAAACGGGAAAGCAAUGAAAGCAAUGGAGUUUAUGUAUCACAUGACAAUAAUCAACGCGCUGAAGAGAGAACCAAGAAGCAAUUGAUGGAGCUACAGGAGAUGUACCUUAUUCAGCAACAGUUCACAGAAGAUUUAAAAGAUAAACUCGAAAGCACCGAGAGAGAACUGAUCAAGACUCGCCAAUCUUUACGUCAUCUGGAAGAUGAAUAUCAGCAAGCCAAAGAUGUUAUCAAAGAUAAGGAGACAAUGAUACAUAAAAUCCUCUGUUCAGGAAAAGCACUUACAGAGAGAGCACUUGAAUUUCGGUCUGACCUUGAGGGCGCCGCAUCGGAUGUAUCCACCUUGCUUGCUCGAAUUGAGCAUAAGACGCGUUUGGAAGACAGUAACAGGGACGAUAUGCAGAAUUUUUACACACAGUUAGCUAAAGAGCUCGACGAGUUAAGUAAAGUUGUCUCGUCUUCAGCCGCACACCAAGAACAGAAAUUUGAAGUGGUUCAAGACGAGACAAGGUCAUUUGUAACAUCAAAAUCCGAGGCAACGAACGAGCUGCUCAAACAAAUCCAAACUUUAAAGGAUUUGUAUGCAUCCGGCGUUAAGCAGUUGGACGACUCAGCUGAAGAAAUGUAUCGAAGAUCUCAAUUAGGUUUCGGUGGAUUGAGCAAUGAAUUAUCAAUCCAUUCUUCAUGCGCUGCCGAUCUUGUCGUGAAAAGCUCAUCGAUUACCGAUUCAGCUAGCAACGAUCUAAAACUCAACCUCCACAGUCUCCGAUCAUGUAUAGACGCAUUCAUAAAGCAGCAGCAAGAGAAUCAUGUCAGAACGUACGAUGGAACCAGGUCCAUCUCAUACAGUCUUCUUAACUUCUUCGAGACUUUAAGGAUUUACAUUUCUAAAUUGACACUCAUGCAAGAAGAUUCCCGUACCGUCACAACUCGGAAAAUAAGUGACUUCACAAAGAAGUUUAAGGAUUUCGCUCUUGACGAGGAACUCCUUUUGGUAGACAAAAUAACCGAGCUUUUAGCGAGUUCAAGAACUAGAAAGGAAAAAAUGAUUCAAGCAGCGGCCGAUGAUAUUAUAGACAGCACCCGUACACAACACAGCGGCAUAAAUCAAGAAAUUUCCGAGAUGCAAAUUUCUACAGUGGCUGCUGAAGAAAAUUGGACCAAUUACAUUCAGAAAAUGGAAGCAAAUUGUGUGGAAGAUUCUGCUGUCGUCGAAGCUGGAAAAAGCAUUCUUGGGGAUGAUCUUCAGUGCUGCAUUAUAAAGUCGACAAAAGUUGCAAAGCAAUAUAGAGUUGCUGAAGAAUCCCUUUUGCAUGUUCUUGAGGAAAAUGCCAAAUCAGUCGAUUCGUUUAUAAAGAAUGUCACAGAGGACAUCGAAAUAAUCAAAGCCCAAUAUUCAUCUGUUGCCUCGUCAAUUCUUGAAGAAACAAAUGGUGCCGGAGAAAAUGCUAUGUCUUCAGUAGAAUGUUUAGCAAAAUUAGACCAUGAAGCGACCGAGAAAUUCAGCUCUAUGAGUCGUUGCUUCCUUGAUGGUACGAGAGAGAUGAACAGCUUCCAUUCAGAAAAGGUGGCUGAGAUUUCUCGAAAUGCAAGAAAAUCCCUUGUCGAGGAUUACUUGGUGGACGACUCGUCAGAUUUGAGCCCGAGGAAACGAGACUUCAAGUUGGCAAGUAAGGAAUCGAUAGAAGGUCUCAUGAAUGUUUGUGUUGGAAAUUCAUUAGAAUUAUCGCAUUCGCCACCCCCCGACAUUAAUGUUGGAAACUCGAUCGAGCCAUGUCCGAACUAACUUGGCUAGAAUUAUUACAUCGAUGGUAUGGUAGGCAGGUGAAGAAGAAUAGAAACGUGACAUUAUUCUUUGUGGUGUUGUGCAGUAGAACAUGCUUUUAACAGUGAGUUCUGUUUGUGAAAUCACAGUCUCAUAUUUUUGUGGUGUUUGAAUCCCACAUCGACGAUGAGAUGUUGACUGUCCGAGUUUGUACAUGAAUUCUUUAGACGAUGUAUUUUUAUAACCCAAGUUUUUAUGAGUGUGUUGAUACUA